AUGGAGGAGCAGCAGCCAUUGGGGAAGUGUAUUGGGCUUUAACAUUACUGAGGAGGACUCUCUCUCCCAUUCUGGAAUACAAAAUAGACUAAUUGAAGGCGAGCGAGGAUAUAAGUAUAACACGGAUUCAAAGGCCCACACGACACGACGUAACAUUAACUUGAGGAACCACAACCAGGAUCCGGCUGCUUUCGGACUCGGUCUCUGAGGCGACAGACGUGAACUGUAGAAGUUACAGCUGAGCUAGCUAUAGCCACUGACGCUAAGCGGCGCAGCUAGCCACACAUAGCUAACUGUAACUGAUCUGUGAAGUUGCUUUCAAAUCACGGGGCUUGAAAUCCAGUCACAAGCUCAGGCUCUGUGAGAAUCCAGGGACUUGCUUCAUGAAUUAUGUCUGCCACAAGCAUUGACCCUCAGAGAUCAAAGGGACAAGCAUCUAAAGUGCAAAAUGGUUCACUGCAUCAAAAGGAGACUGUCCAUGACAAUGACUUUGAACCUUACCUCACUGGUCAAUCAACUCAGAACAACAGUUACCAGUCCAUCACCGACCCCUACCUGUCCAGCUACUAUGCCCCCUCCAUUGGAUUUCCGUACCCCCUCAGUGAGGCUCCCUGGUCCACAGGUGGGGACCCCCCUAUUCCAUACCUCACCCCCUAUGGACCCCUGAGUAAUGGAGACCAUCAUUUCAUGCCGGACACAGUCUUUGGCCAGCCAGGGGGCCUGGGAAGCAGCAUCUACCCCCACAGGUUUAACUUUUUCCCUGAAAAUCCUGCCUUUUCUGCUUGGGGCACAAGUGGCUCCCAGGGGCAGCAGACUCAAAGUUCAGGCUAUGGUGGCAGCUACAGCUAUCCUCCCAGCUCCCUUGGGGGCACCUUGGUGCCUGAUGGUCAGACAGGCUUUCAUAGUGACACCCUCAACAAAGCCCCCGGUAUGAACAGCCUGGAGCAGGGCAUGGUUGGCUUAAAGAUUGGAGGGGAUGUCACUGGCCAGGGGUCUGGUGUCAAGGCUGUGGGAUCUGUGAUUGGCGGUCCAACAGUGGCAGCCACUGGCAAUGGAGCCACACCCAUUGGCAUGCCCCCACCCAAACCAACCUCCUGGGCCGCCAUUGCCAGCAAACCUGCCAAGCUACAGCAGCUGAAAUCUAAGGUAAAGCCAGGGAUGCCCAAUCCUGGAGGUGCUCUGCCUCCGCCACCCAUUAAACACAACAUGAACAUUGGGACUUGGGACAAAGGCCCGGUGACUAAAGUAGCCACAUCUCCAAUGCAGCAACAGCAGCAGCCUCUUGGCCUGCCUCAUGGUAUUCCACCUCAAGCCUCCAUGCAGCAAGGACCCAUGCAGCCUCCCCCUCCUCAGUCUUUGGUGCAGCCCCAGAUGCAACCCAUGGCUUUACAGCCUCAGCCCCCCCAUCACCAGCACCAUCAACCACCACCUCAGCUCUACCAAAACCACACCCAGCCCCCACAACCCCAGACCCGAUGGGUUGCCCCACGCAACCGUAAUCAAGGCCAAGACAGUUGUGGUAUGGUGGGUGUGGUUGGAGGUGGCAACAGCGGUCCCCAUCCUUCUGCUGGCCAGGGACCGGGUGGAGAGUCCCAUCCAGUGCUGGAGAAGUUACGUGCCUCCCACAGCUACAAUCCCAAGGACUUUGAAUGGAACCUGAAGAAUGGUCGUGUUUUCAUCAUUAAAAGUUACUCUGAGGAUGAUAUCCAUCGCUCCAUCAAGUACUCCAUCUGGUGCAGCACAGAGCACGGCAACAAGCGGCUGGACUCAGCCUUCCGGGCCAUGAAUGGCAAAGGUCCUGUGUACCUGCUGUACAGUGUCAAUGGCAGUGGUCAUUUCUGCGGUGUGGCAGAGAUGCAUUCACCAGUAGACUAUGGCACCAGUGCUGGUGUUUGGGCACAGGACAAAUGGAAGGGCAAGUUUGACGUAGAAUGGUUGUUUGUCAAGGAUGUGCCUAACAGCCAGCUGCGCCACAUCCGCCUGGAAAACAACGACAACAAGCCAGUGACCAACUCCCGCGACACCCAGGAGGUUCCUCUGGAGAAAGCCAAACAGGUGCUUAAGAUCAUCGCUACCUACAAACACACCACCUCCAUCUUUGACGACUUCUCCCAUUACGAGAAGAGGCAGGAAGAGGAGGACGAGGUGCGCAAGACCUUUGAACCAGCUCAGAUACAAAACCGCUCACGAUUGGAUCAGGAGCGUCAAAACAGGAAUAAACAGUAGAGGACAUUGAUCCUUGGCUUGAUCAACAGUUACACUAGGACUUUUGAUUUAAGAGACAGAAGAUUAUGACAUUGCAACCAAGCCCUUCAUUUUUUUCUCUGUUUAAUCCCAGUGAAUCUCUGCCAUUGUCAAGACUUGUGCUUUUUUGCCCCCAUACUCCACCCACCUCUUGUGCAGGGAUAACAAGCUGAUCUAAUGAAUUACCAAUCCACCACCAUACACUUGAGUUCAUUGUUUUAUAUUUCUGUUCCCCUUCUUUCUCGUACUCUGCUCUCACCUUCUUUCCAAUUGAAUCAGAGUUUGACUGCAUCAUGGAGAAAAAAAUCUGUCACUUGAUAUUUUAGUACAAUCAGAACAUAUGUGUCCUGCCCCUUUUUGUCCAUUUGAGGGCAGCAUUGCCAUGCUUCAGAGUUAAAACUGUGCCAACAGGGUUGGAGGAUCCCAAAGGCAAAUGUCAGACUUGGAUCUGCGCUAAUAAAUCCUUGAUUUAUCUAUUUUUCAUUCAGAUAAACAAAAUUUCUAUUUUUUGGCUGACUAUUGACAAUUUGCAUUUCAGAAAUCUGUUUUUUCUGGAGCCUUAAUGGGUUUUUUUUCUAAUUAUUGGUGACUUCUCAAAUGGACUGCUCAAAACUGCUGGAGAAAUCAGGGAUAGCGUGAAGUCACACACGGCUGGAGACAUUUCAAAGGAGGAACUGCAAAGGCCUCUGGGAAAGGAAAUGGUGGCCGUGUCCUCCACAGCCAGAACUCUCACGAUUGAAAUGAAAAUAAUUGUACUAAUGACGUCCUUUCACGCCCCUCUGCUUGGCUUUCUGUUAGUGUUCUGUCUGUGUGUUUCAUCAGGAGAUUGCUUGCGUCUGAGAGAACUGAGAGAAACUUCCACCGUUUUACAUUAUUUUUAUCUUCUAUUCAGAAUGAAUUAUUAUGUGUUUGUCACAAACUGGGAGGUUUCACACAUUUGUCCAUCCACCGUCAUUGUUUUUUCCCUUGAAUUCAGUCUUGCUAAGUCUAUCAUGUUGGUCAUAAUGAUAAGCUUUAAUGUAGGAGCCUAUAUAUUCAUGGAGAAAGCCUAAAAAAAAUGUAUAACCUAAAAAUUAAUGUAACUGAUUUACUAUGAAGUAAGAAAAAAUUACAAAUGAAAAGUGGUUUGUGUGUUUUUUUGUCAGUAGAUUGAAUCCGCUGAUUAUGAUACGGUUCAGUCAUCUGAGGGAUGUUCAUGCAGAGAAGAAAGUCAAUGGAUGUGUGUGUGCCAUGCAUGGCAGAACUGCGGUGGUAAUGUUGAAAGUGUGGUGAUGUUCACUCUGUUGUUGUGUUGGUCACAUCGGGGCAGAUUCUCUCGGAGUAGUUUUGAAGUUCAUCCUUUUGUUUUAACAAUCACUGUGUUCUUGCUUUGAAUUGAGGUCAGGAUAUGUUCUCACACUUUGAUUUAAAAUGGGACAUUAUAUGCUAUUCUAUUGCAUUGUGGUGAAUUAUCAUCACACCAGCAAACAGAUCAGUGAUAAAUGUGUUGUUAAAAUGACGUGUUUCAUGUUGUUUGAACAACUGUCGCAUGUUACAACAUGUUUAUUAUUUUAACAACAUACGAUAGUUAAUUGUGAACAAUAUACUUACAAAGUUCUUACCAUAAACCUAUAUUGUAAGAAAUGUAUAAGUAUAUUGCUCUGACAAUUACGUUGUGAGGUGAAACAUGUAUAGUUUUAACAAUAAACCUGUCAUGUUGUAUAACAUGA